AUAUAAAUUUUCUCUCUUUAACUGUGGGCGUUGAAUUUUGACUUGAUGGCUGAAGAACAAGAAUCAUCACCGUCUCAUUCACCUUCGCCGCCGCGGCAAAACUCUCCACCGCCUCCUUAUGUGGAGGUGAAUUGCAGAAGCUCCGGCAAGAUUCGGCGGUUCGCGGUCGGGACUGAUGCGGGGUUUGCGGUAGCGCUCAUCAAUCGGAAGCUAAAAGGAGCAGUGGCAGUUGCGUCACACAUAGAAGCAGUGAAGGAUGGCGAAGAACCAAUUGCUUUCGGUCCCACUUCGCUUCUUUCUAAUUUCGGUGCAGGUUGGAACCUCCAAACGGUUACCCUCACCGAUCUUCUUUCUUCAGAAGAAGUGAGAAAUGGACGUGUUCAACAGAUGGCAAUGCAGGCACCAGGACUAGUUUCAGGUGUCCCAGGACCUACAAGGAGGGUGUCCAAACCAGUCAGCUUUGUGUAUAUAGUUAAAAUAGUGUUUGCUUUUAUUUUGAUUUUUGUACUUGGUGCAAUUUUUACUUUGUUUCUCGAUAAUCUUCCUGCAUUCAUAUUGUUUGUGAAGUCAAUAAUCUAGUGCUUGUUUUUUAUUGCUUGAAAUGUACUAUAUACACAUUAAAUAAAUUAUUCUUUUUGGUGUCUCAAGUGGUGAAAUUGUUUAAGGCCCAACUCCUUAGAUUUUUCUUGUGGGUUUGUGAUCAGAGAUUAAGUGUAAGGUGAGGACUCAUGAUCUGACGUAGAUUAUUAGGGUAAUGAGUUUAGCAAGGGCGGUGGAAGACUCCAAGUUGCAAGACGAGUCACCGGUUUCCAAGGUUGUAACUCUUUUUCAAACUAUUUAUACAAUGAUGGAGAAGGAAUUGUGUCACAAGUGGGUACCCCGGUAGGGGAUUUUCCAAACUCACUACCUGAGCAACCAUCAUUGGGGUCGAACAAAGGUACAACUGGAGAUGAGGAAGAGGUUCUACAUGGGGGUAAUAGGUUGUCACCUUUGAUUUCCUCAGUUAAAUUGACUUCAGGCACAAGGCAACUACAAUAUGUCAAACGAAAGGAAGAGCGGAGGUGUUUCCAUUGUGGUUUGGUGUAUGGACCUUCACAUACGUGUCCAAAAGAGAGUAUGAAAGUAACCAUUCUAGCCGACGACAAACUAUUGUAUGAAGAAGACAUUGUGAAUAUGGAAACUGAAGAAAGGGAAGAAGAUGGUGGGGAUUUUUCUUGUCAAAUGCAGAUUUAUCUCUUUUCUUAGCUGGAGGGAUGACACAACCUAAAAUGAUGAAGCUGCAUGGAUAUGUAAUGGGUUUCCUGUCCUCAUAUUGAUAGAGAGCAAGGCCGGCAACAAUUUUAUUGCACAAGAAGUGGUGCAAUAGAUGGGUUUGCAAGUAACUCCUACUCCUCUCCUUUUGGUGUGAGGCUAGGAGAUGGAUAUUGUCAGAAAUCAUAGGGGUGUUGUAUGGGUCUCAAGGUUCGCAUGGUUGAGUCAGAAUUUGUAAAUAAUGUUUACCUAUUUGGGUUAGGAGGAGUGGAUGUGAAUUUAGGAGUUGCUUGAUUGGAAACUUUGGGGGAUGUGAAAGAAAAUUGGAGAACUUUGUCCAUGCAAUUCAACAACGAAGGUCUUGCUGUUACAAUACAUGGAGACCCAAGGCUAACCAAGACUUGGUAUCAUUGAAGAAGAAAGGUUACAGAAGUUGAAUUUACAUCAGUACUAUUAAUUUUCUUAGGAGACAUGAUUUAUGCCCCAUAUCAAACAAGUAAUCUAUCGACCUCCCAAAUAACCCAAUUACAACAGUUGUUAGAGAAGAACAAUGUAAUUUUUUCAGUUCCAACAGCCCUUCUUCUACUUUUUGAAACUGAGCAUAAAAUACCUCUCAGAGCAGGUAUUGAUCUAGUGAACGGUCGUCCAUAUUGAUAUCCGAUGGGAACUUCUGGAUGUUGACACCUAAAUUUUCUUUAAAAUUAUAACUAGAAUUUUCACUAUUAUUUCAAUUAUGUAUUUUUUUAAUAUAUAUCAGCUAAAGUUUAGAAGUUCUCAUUUACACUAGUUUUCGAUGGAAUCAACACUAUUUAUUGAUUUACUUAAUCUAAACUUAGCAUUUUAAUUUCUUAUUAAG